CGACUCCCGAGAACACGACGGCAUCUCGAACUGCCCUUUCCACCCCACCUCCAUCCUCCCUACCAUCGGCAAAACAACAAUGCUCCGCCCACUCUCCCACCUCCUCCGCCCGCGGGUGCUAACCCCGCUCCGUACCUACGCCUCCAACUCCAAGCCAUCCACGCCUGCCUCCUCCGCCGUCACCCCCAAUGCCCCUCGCGACCCCAUCUCCUCCGCCCCAACCCACCCCGGCCUCGCCGGCUCCUUCGGCGACACCGCGCACGAACUCGACGUUGGCGAGAUCCUGUCGGGACAAUUCCGGGUCGAGCCCUUACGUCGCGUAGGCGAAGACCUCAAAACGAUGCGCGCGCGUCUCGUGUACCAGUCGCGCAAGCGCGGGAUCCUUGAGACCGACCUGCUGCUGAGCACGUUCGCGAACGAACAUCUGAACGGCAUGGACAGGAUCAUGCUAGAUCAGUAUGAUCGCUUCCUCGACGAGAAUGAUUGGGAUAUCUACUACUGGGCUACCCAGCAGGCGCCGCCGACGAGUGUGGAGUACGCGGAGGGGGGCAGCUCGCCGCUUGGGGGCGGCGCGGAUGCAGGUGUGAGGGGCGCCGGGCCAGAUGAUGCCAGUCCUACUGUGAAGGAUGAGAAGAGUGGGAAGGCAGGCGAAAUUGAAAAGAAGGAGGCUGGUGUUACGGAGUUUGGCGGGCAGGCGCCGGGCGAGUGGGCACAGACAAUAGGGAGGAAUAGGGAGCCGUAUAGGCCUCCGCCGAGGAGAUGGAGGGAUAGUGGGGUUUUGAAGAUGAUCAGGAAUCAUGUGGAAGUCAGGAAGGGAAGGGAGGCGUCAAAGGCAGACAUCGGAGGAUUGGGACGGAUGCCUGACUUCAAGUAGAGAAGAGGCCUUAAUAUUACUGUAAAAGAAUGAGCGAAGCAUGAUGACUUGUAAAGCCAUAAUCACGCAUGUAAGAAAUUUCGGUUUCCGUUGUCCAGA